AUGUCAAAAUACAAUGUUACUUCAACAGAAAAAUAUGCAGAAGCAAUUUCUGAUUUAAAACACCAGUUCAAGUUGAGGUUCUCAGAUUUCAAAGCUAAUGAAACAUAUUUUAAUUUGUUUUCAAUUUCAUUUUCAUUGCCAGUUGAAGAUGUCCCAGAAAACAUGCAAAUUGAGAUCAUUGAUUUACAAAACAAUAAAGUAUUAAAAGAAAAGUACAAUUAUGUUGAACUUUCAAUUUUUUAUUCAAAAUAUAUUAACACAGAGACGUAUCCUAAUCUUCGAAACAACGCAUUAAGAAUGAUGUCUCUUUUUGGCAGUACUUACACUUGUGAACAUAUUUUUUCACGAAUGAAAAUUGUCAAAUCAAAAAAUAGAGUUCGGUUAACUGACAGUCACUUGGAAAGUUCACUUAGAAUUGCCUCGUCGAAGAUCCAACCAAAUAUAAACAAAUUAGUUAGUGAAAAGCAGUGUCAGUUAUCACACUAA